AUGGAGCACCCACUUCGCGGGGAGGCUCGGGACAGCGGUGCCGUCCUUGUGCACAAAUCGAUAGGUGGGACGGACUGGUGGCGCACCACAGAACGGCACUCAAUGGAUGGCCCUACGCUGGGUUUUUGGCAUGAGGGCGGAGACGGGUUUGAAGUCAGUGCUGAGAUCUGUGUUAACCCGAAGACGCAAUACGACCAGGCGACACUCUUCCUGUACAUCUCUCCCACACAGUGGGUCAAGGCAGGUAUCGAGUUUGAUGCCGAUGCGCUAUGGAAUGGUGCAGUGGUCUGCAACCCGUACUCGGACUGGUCAAUCGCCAAGCGUCGCCCUGAAGACUCUGCCCGAUACACAAUUGCGUACACGCACAAUGAAGUCAAAGUGUACCUCGGCAAUGAUAUGAUCCGCGAGGUUAAGUGGUUCGGGGCAACGCGCAGCAACGACGCAACGUUUGGCGAGGCACUCCCAGGCAAGGUGUUCGUCGGCAUCAUGGCGUGCUCACCUAAGGACGGAGGAGCGGAAGUCAGCUGGAAGAACUUCACGUUCAGGCAAGGUGUGCGUGCACGCUGA